AUGAAAAGUGCAUCAAAUCUCAGCCGGCGUGAGAAACGACAUAGUUUCGAUGUUAAUUAUAAUUCAAGUUUCAUGUACGAGAAGGAAAGCGACGUAAUGCAAGGACGCAUGAUGGACCAGGCCAUAAACAAUGCCAUCACCUACCUCGGGGCUGAAGCCUUGCGCCCUCUCGUGCAGACGCCCCCGGCCCCCGAAAGGGCCCCCGUCAUAAGCGGUCUGUACCCCAUACCGCUGACCCGCGCCGACGUGCCGAACGGCGGCUCGCAGGAUGCGGAGAAGAGCCAUGCCCACCUGCGGGACAAGAGCCUGUCUUCCGACAGAGGCCUUUCCCCAAACAACAGCGGCCAAGACUCCACAGACACUGACAGCAACCACGAGGAGCGGCAGAAUCCCGCCCUCCAUCAAAGCCAGAUGCUCCUUGCUCAGGCCCGCAACGGCCUCCAGUCCUUGAAGGAUUUCCCAAGGCCGUAUGACAUAAUCAAGCCGCCUGCCAUAUGCCCACGCGACGCCUUUAAGGUCAUCAACAAGGAAGGGGAAGCCAUCGGGGUCUACCGGUGCGACCAUUGCCGCGUCCUCUUUUUGGAUUAUGUGAUGUUCACCAUCCACAUGGGCUGCCACGGGUUCCGCGAUCCCUUCGAGUGCAACGUCUGCGGGUACAGAAGCCAUGACCGAUACGAGUUUUCCUCACACAUAGCGCGAGGAGAGCACAGAGUAGUACUCAAAUAA